AUGAAUAUUAAGAUACUUUGAUCGGUUUUUUAAGUGAGUUUGCAGCAAGAAAUCUACAUUUUAUUUUUUAAACGCGAACAAAAAUGGCAUUAAACAAACGAGAUCGAUUCUCGUUUCGGUGGAGUAAAAGUGAGCUGCCCGAUAACGACGACAUCAAUACACAAGUAUUAUUGCUGGGGAUAACUCGUUUUGAGACAACGCCUUCGCCGGUACCAUCAAAAAAUUUGCUAUCCACCGACAGUAGUAAAAAUCAUAAAAUCAAUUCCAAGGACAAUAACCAAUUGAAUGCAUCAAAGCGAUCUAUUCAUUCUACCAACAUUGGAAUAUAUGAAUCGAUUGAACAAUUAAACAAAUCCACCGGAUGCUUUCCACUUGACAGGCAUAAAACGAAAAAAACCAUCAACAAAGAGUCUGAACUAACCAAAGCCGUAGCCGUCGGAGAUGCAAUUUAUGUUGCAUCAUCCGAAUUAAAUGAAACCGAAAAUAAUCAAUGUAUCGAACAAAAAUCGCAUCGAAACCAUUUUGAUCGAUUAGUUGAACGAUUCCAACGGAAAAGACUUCAACAAAAUUUAGGCGUGAAUCGAACACCACAACGAGACAAUAGCAUUGAACAAAAAGCAUUUUAUCAUUGGUUACAUUUGAAUCGAAAUAAACGAUUGGAACAAACCGUUAAAUAUUUUGACGAUGCUGAUCGGCAGCAAAAUUUAUGCAUGCCUGUGAUACGAAAACGUUCAACCAAAUCAAAUAGCAUAAGAAGAGUGACCAAAAAAACCAAAAAAUCAUCGUCAUCACGUUUCAGUAGCUGUAUACCAUAUUGUGGGACAACCUUAUCUCGUAAUGGUUCAUUCGCUGACAAUUCAUUAGCGUCAAGUCAUCGAUACACCGAUUAUUAUAGAAAACGUAGUGGCGCUUCAGCUUCGAUCGGUCCACAGCAUCGACAUCGUUCACCAUCAAAAUUCAAUGAUUGUUUAAUGCACUCCCAUUGUAAAUCUAAUAAGCAUUGUAGCCCGAGUAACAAAAACACCAACAACAGUCAUAAUAAUAACUGUAGUUUAUUUCAUAAUUUAAACAUAAUGGACAGAAGCGUUGAUUCGAUAGGCAGCUGUUCACUUGAUGUCGAUGCAGAAUCAACUGAUUUUUCAGAUACGAGUGGUAGUUUAAACGUCGUUGGUACACCAUUGUCUGGAAAAGAUUUUACACGUGAAUUUACAUCACGAAUUCAUGAACGUUGCCAAUUUCCAUUGAGCGGCCAAAAGCUUCAGCAAACUAAAACGGUUCUCGAUCCAAAUUCGGGCAAAAUAUCAACACAAAUAAUAAUAUCGCAAAACAUUUCACAGACUAUAAAUUCGCCAACAUCACCGGUUAAGAAGCCCAGUUAUCUAAACUUAGCUUGUUGUGUAAAUGGUUAUUCGAAUCUAACGACAUACGAUUCCAAAUUUCGUCAAAGCAUCAACAAAUCAAGGGAGGUAUCACCCAUUCGACCCAUCACAUACGCACUUCAAUACAACAAUCGCAACACACUCAACAUACCGACAUCAGUUCCAAUUGAUGAUAACACCAAAAAUUUCAUUAUGGACACCCAAUCAAUUUUAACGCCAGAUAAACGGUAUUAUUCAACAACAACGCAACAAAAAACCAUUGAAAUGAAUGGAACGAGUCAUGAUGUUAUAGAUAAUGUUAAUAGUAAUGGUUGUGGCAAGUAUUUUGCACGGUCUAUGUUGCAUACAUCAACAUCAACAAAUGGCAGUGGUAAUACAUCAUUGUCAUUGGUACGCGAUGUAAAUCAAGAGUUUGAAGCAAAUGGAAAAGGAACGGCAAAAAGUUUCAUUCAACAACGUGUCGAACGACUUUAUGGGCCUGCCGCUGUUACCCAAGGUUUGUAUAGCCCGAAAAAACCCAAAUCGUCCGAUGACAAUCAAGAGACAUCGAUGCGAACAUCAAUAUCAUCAGUUCUUGUGGAAAAAUCGCAAAAUUCAACAAAUACCGCUACCACAUUUCAAUCGACAAAAUAUGUUUUAGAAGCUCAACGAAAUGGUCAUCUUAAUGGUUUCGCAAACAAUCGGACUGCACAUGAUGAUGAUGAUGAAAACAUCAGUCUAGAAUCUCUUAACGAAGCAUUACCGGUUUUACGUCAUUUAAGGCCCGAAUUUCGCGCUCAGUUACCAACAUUGUCACCAAAACGUACUGUAGCCAUUUCAAAGUUAACCCCAUCACCAUCACAAUCAGCACCGGCAUCUAUAACGACAACAACACACACACAUGUGUACACAAAUAGUACAGCGGACAACGGUAAAUUGAAAUCGAAUCGGUGCACACUUGACAUGCAAUCACACAAACAACAACAACAACAGUCGUCAGCAUUUAAUGCAUCAAACGAAACAACUAAAAAUGGUUGUUUAACCUCAAAUAAAAGUCAUGACAUUGAAAACGAUAGCCGCGAAAAACUAAUCGAAUCACCGACAAAAAGUAGUAAUACGAUUGCAACCGAUUUAGAUACGCAAAAUACAUCGAAAACAUUUACGUCGAACGAUAAACAAGAUCAUAUUAUAAAUAAUACACAGAUGGCAACCGAUAUUACAGAACAAGUAAAUUAUUUAAUUGAAUCGCCGCAAAAUUCAGUAAAAAUUUGUCAACAGCCAACGAACAAUCAAAGUAGCAGCGGCGAACGUUUCGAUGAUUGCGAUACAACAAAUAUGGCAACGAACGCCAAUGGUUCAACCGUUGAAGCAAUGGAUGCAAAUGGUAAUCAUAAUAAGGAUGGGGUUUAUUAUUUGAAUAUUGUGCAAAGCGAACGAGACCGUUUAAUCAACCUGGCCGUUAUUAUUGAAAAAGAGCUCGAUGAAUUAUUAGAGAAAGGAGACGUUGAGGAAGAAGUUCUUGGUCACAUUCGAUCUGCGGCUGGGAAAGCAAGACUUCUAGCAACAAAGAAGUUUAAACAAUUUGAAGGAUUGUGUAUUGACAACAUUAACCAAAUAACACGUGAUAUGCCACCACCGACUCCAGCUGAUCUGCAAGGUUUCUGGGAAAUGGUCUUACUACAAGUGGAAAAUGUCGACUAUCUUUAUGCUGAACUUGAUAAACUUCGCGCUAACGGUUGGAAGAAACUGACUCAAGCCAAAGCAAAGCGACCACAAGGACCAAAGCAAACGAAGCGACCAUUGACAACCUCAUUAAAAUCAGGUACAACAUCAACGGCCCAGUCACCAUCUGGCACAACGAAAAAAUCAGCAGCUGCCCUUGUGGCUGCACAAAAGCGUGAAGCUCAACGCAAACAAUUGGCAGAAAUGAGACGCAAAAAUAAAUUGGCAAUGGCCAAUAUUGUUAACGAUGAUGUUAUUAUUGAUACACAACAAGUAGGCGAAGCAUCCGAAGAACCAUCAACACAAUCCAAUAGCACUGAAAACAGCACGGAAAAUGAAACCGAUAGAUGAUUUAGCAAACAACCAACUGCAACCAAUGAACAAUUAAAACACGCGAAUCUUAGCUAAAUUAUUUUAUAAAUGAUCCGAUUUUAUGGUCUAUCAAUUAGAAUAGCCCAUUUAAAUGAAUCAGUAUAGUUCUAGUGAUGAAUCUUGGUAUACAUUUUUAAGUUCGUUCGUUUGAAAUAGCUUCGAACAGCACACUCAUUUAGUUUAUUUUCCUCUAAUCAAUGCUAAUCAAAAGACAUUUAAAAAAACGCUAAAAUUAGAUAUCAACAAACAAAUUUGUGAUUGACGCCGCAUAAAUGAAAGAAUCAAAUAAAAUGAUUGCGAUUUCUGCAUA